GUGUUCUAUCGUCUUCUAUGCUUCUGUGAUAUCAUCUCCGUAGAGUAAGGUAGCCGAAACAAGCCAAACACCUCAAAUACACAAAUUUUGACAUGGCGAUAACAGAAGAUCACAUCAAGGAUAAACUCACAAAGGAGCUCGGAGCAGUACACGUGGAAGUUGAGGAUACAACGUCAAACCGGUGUUCUGCCAGCUUUAAAGUCCUAGUUGUUUCUCCUCAGUUUGAAGGAAAACAGCUGCUACAAAGACACAGGAUGGUGAACACGUGUCUUGCUAAAGAGCUGGAGACGAUCCACGCGUUUGAACAGAAGACGCUCACACCUGAACAGUGGGAGAAACAGAAAGCACAGUGACAUUACACCAGAAGAUAGACCGUACUCUUCUGUGAGAUGUGCAAACCAAACAAACUCUCCUUAGUUUCCCAUAAAUCAUCACCUUUGAUCAACACAGAAAUGUUCUGAUGGCAAUAAAAAUCCUGGAUUAUA